AUGCUCCAAACUGUGCAGGUAACAAGGAAUCUUUACUUUCAGCUGAUGGUGCGAGGUAUCAGAAGCGUAGGCUCGUCUGAGGAAGAGACCCAAGUGAUUCGCUUCCUGAAUCCUCUUACGAUUAUCAGUGGUCCCAAUGGAAGCGGAAAAACCACACUCAUUGAAGCUCUCAAUUACAUUACCACUGGAGCACUCCCGUCUGGUAAGCUGGCAUCUUUCGUCCACAGUGUAGAGGUGGGGGAACAAUUUGCUCAUGGUGUGCACCAUAAAAUUCUGGAUGACAUGGGUAUCAACAUAAAUGGAAAUUUCAAGCUAAGAUAUUUCUGA